CUCUUGAUUUUAUCUAACAAUGUUACAGAUGUUUUUGUUUGGAAGUCUGGCAUUGGAGCAGUUUGUGGAACGUCUUAUUGAGUGGCCUCAGUAUUGCAAUCAUAUUCUUCAAAUUUCCCAUUUGCGCAAUACACAUGCAGAAAUAAUUGCUUUCAUCGAACAGGGUCUUGCCAGAAUUUCCUCUGGUCAUUCAGAUGUUGAUGGGGCGAGUCAUGCUUCUGUCAUUAGUAACCAUCAUUCUGCACAGGCUACAUUAGGGCAUGUAGAGCAGCUGAGCGGCCCUAGCGUCGUACAACCUGGGCAGCAACAUUUGUCACUGCAGCUUCAACAGAGACGUGAAAAUCCCUUGGAUGAUCGUCACAAAACUUCUGUUGGUUCAUCUACAGAUGUGAAACCACUGUUAUCUUCUCUGGGGCAAUCAUCAGUACUAACACCUGCUGAUGCUUCUAGUACUAAUAAGUUACAUAGCACAGUCAGCUCCUCGUCAAUGCUGUCUUCUGCUUCACCUGGUUUUGUUCGUCCUUCCCGUGGAGCUACUUCUACCAGGUUUGGAUCUGCCUUAAACAUUGAAACAUUGGUUGCUGCUGCUGAGAAAAGAGAAAUUCCUAUUGAGGCUCCAGGGUCAGAGGUUCAGGACAAGAUAUUAUUUAUAAUUAAUAAUGUUUCUGCUGCUAAUAUUGAAGCUAAAGCAAAAGAGUUCACUGAAAUUUUGAAAGAGCAGUACUAUCCUUGGUUUGCUCAGUAUAUGGUUAUGAAAAGAGCAAGCAUUGAGCCAAAUUUCCAUGACUUGUACCUGAAAUUCCUGGAUAAGGUUAAUUCAAAGGCUUUGAACAAAGAGAUCGUCCAGGCAACAUAUGAAAAUUGCAAGGUUCUUUUAGGAUCAGAGCUCAUAAAAUCAAGUUCAGAGGAACGUUCUUUGCUUAAAAACUUGGGGAGUUGGCUUGGGAAGUUAACAAUUGGCCGGAAUCAGGUUUUGAGGGCUCGUGAAAUAGACCCAAAGUCUUUGAUUAUGGAGGCAUAUGAGAAGGGGCUAAUGAUUGCUGUUAUUCCAUUUACUUCAAAGGUCCUUGAACCAUGCCAUAACAGUCUUGCUUAUCAACCUCCUAAUCCUUGGACUAUGGGCAUUUUAGGAUUGCUUGCUGAGAUUUAUUCAAUGCCAAACUUGAAAAUGAACCUCAAGUUUGACAUAGAGGUUUUAUUCAAAAAUCUUCUUGUUGAUAUGAAGGAUGUCACACCAACUUCUCUCCUGAAGGAUAGAAAAAGAGAAAUUGAAGGAAAUCCUGAUUUCUCUAAUAAAGACGUUGGGGCAUCUCAAGCACAAAUGAUUACUGAUAUAAAAUCUGGUCUUGUACCUCCAGUAAAUCAAGUGGAAUUACCUCUUGAAGUCACCAAUCCAUCUAAUACAGGGCCUCAUCCACAUCUACUGUCUCAGUAUGCUGGUCCUCUUCAUAUGUCAUCGGCAGCAUUGAUGGAAGAUGAAAAGGUUACACCUCUGGGACUGUCUGAUCAACUUCCCUCUGCUCAAGGACUGUUACAAGCAACUCCAUCCCCAGCACCUUUUUCUAUUAGCCAGCUUCCAACACAGAUACCUAAUAUCGGGACUCAUGUUAUUAUCAAUCAAAAACUCAGUGGUUUUGGGUUGCAAAUGCAUUUUCAGAGAGCGGUACCCAUUGCAAUGGACAGGGCUAUCAAAGAGAUUGUGUCUAGUAUUGUGCAGCGUAGUGUUUCCAUAGCAACUCAAACAACCAAAGAGCUUGUUCUAAAGGAUUAUGCUAUGGAAUCUGAUGAGACUCGUAUAUUAAAUGCGGCACACUUGAUGGUUGCUAGUCUAGCUGGGAGUUUGGCUCAUGUUACCUGCAAAGAACCAUUACGGGCAUCAAUAUCUGGUCAACUGAGGACUUCUCUUCAGAACUUAAAUAUAUCUAAUGAAAUUUUGGAACAAGCUGUGCAACUUGUCACCAAUGAUAAUCUUGAUCUAGGCUGUGCCGUUAUCGAACAGGCUGCUACUGAUAAGGCAAUAAACACCAUUGAUACAGAGAUUGGUCAACAACUCUCUUUGAGAAGGAAGCAUCGAGAAGGUAUGGGUUCUACAUUUUUUGAUGCCAAUUUGUAUCCACAAGGUUCAAUGGGUGGUGUUCCAGAGCCUCUUCGCCCCAAGCCUGGUCAGUUGUCCCUCUCACAACAGCGUGUCUAUGAGGACUUUGUUCGGCUUCCCUGGCAAAACCAGUCUAGCCAGAGUUCACAUUCUCUGUCUCCUGGUGUUGCUGUUCAAUCUGGCAAUGCUGGUCUUUCUAGCACCAAUGGUUCUGUAUCAGGGCAAAUUAACCCUGGUUACCCUGUGAGCACAGGAUAUGAAGGAGUGUCUCGACCAUUGGAUGAUAUGACAGAAUCUAAUUUGGCUCCACAUUUUAGUGCUCCCUCAAUUCACAUUAGAGCAGCUGAUAGUGUUUCCCAGCAUAGUUUGGAGAAAGACUCUGUUGCCUCAUUUCCUUCAGCUGCUUCCACCCCUGAGUUGCAUGCGGUGGAUUCUUCAGAUGUGAAAGAAUCUGGAACUUCUCAGCCACUAGUUACGUCAGGUGCUGUGGAGCGCCUUGGAAGCAGUUUCUUGGAGCCUUCCCUCACUACAAGAGAUGCCCUAGAUAAAUUCCAAAUUGUCGCACAAAAGUUGGAAGCAAUGGUCAGCAAUGAUUCCAGGGAUGCAGAAAUACAGGGUGUCAUUUCUGAGGUUCCUGAGAUCAUACUAAGAUGUGUUAGUCGAGAUGAGGCAGCUUUAGCUGUGGCUCAAAAGGUUUUCAAGGGUUUGUAUGAUAAUGCAUCAAACAACAUUCAUGUCUCUGCUCAUCUUGCAAUUCUGACUGCAAUUCGUGAUGUUUGCAAGCUUGCUGUCAAGGAGCUUACUAGUUGGGUAAUUUACUCGGAAGAAGAAAGGAAAUUUAACAAAGAAAUUACUGUUGGCCUCAUCCGUAGUGAAUUGCUAAAUCUUACCGAGUAUAAUGUUCAUAUGGCAAAACUUAUUGAUGGAGGAAGGAACAAGGCUGCAACGGAAUUUUCCAUUUCCCUUCUUCAAAUCCUGGUUAUUGAGGAACCUAAAGUUAUUUCAGAACUUCACAAUCUUGUUGAUGCUUUGGCUAAGCUUGCUACAAAGCCUGGAUGCCCUGAGUCAUUACAACAGCUUCUUGAAAUGCUCAAGAAUCCUGCUUCUCUAUCUUCUAGUAAUGCUGGAAAAGAGGAUAAGGCAAGACAAUCAAGAGACAAUAAGGGUCCUGGUCUGCUACCUGCUAACAGGGAAGAGUUCAACAGCAUAGAUUCUAUUGAACCAGAUCCUGCUGGGUUCCGGGAGCAGGUUUCCAUGUUGUUUACAGAAUGGUAUAGGAUAUGUGAACUUCCUGGUGCCAAUGAUGCAGCUUCUACUCAUUUCAUCUUACAAUUGCAUCAGAAUGGGCUUCUUAAGGGAGAUGAUCUUACAGAUCGUUUUUUCCGACUGUUGAUGGAACUAGCUGUUGCACAUUGCUUAUCCUCUGAGAUGAUUAAUUCAGGGUCACUGCAAUCUCAACCGCUGCAGGCAAUGUCAUUUCUUGCAAUUGAUAUUUAUGCAAAGCUUAUCUUCUCAGUCUUGAAGGGACCAAACAAACUCUUUCUUCUUUCCAAGGUUCUGGCAGUUACUGUCAGAUUCAUUAUAAAAGAAGCAGAGGAGAAGAAGACCUCUUUUAAUCCAAGGCCACUUUUCAGAUUAUUCAUCAACUGGCUUCUAGAUCUUGGUUCACUUGAGCCUGUUACUGAUGGUGCAAAUCUCCAGAUUUUGACUGCUUUUGCCAAUGCAUUUCAUGCUUUGCAGCCCCUCAAAGUUCCUGCAUUCAGCUUUGCAUGGCUUGAGUUGAUUAGUCACAGGAGCUUCAUGCCAAAAAUGUUGACUGGUAAUGGUCAAAAAGGUUGGCCUUAUAUCCAAAGGUUGCUUGUAGAUCUGUUCCAAUUUAUGGAGCCUUUUCUGAGGCAUGCUGAACUUGGAGACCCGGUUCGUGUCCUUUAUAAAGGCACACUCAGGGUGCUCUUAGUGCUACUUCACGACUUCCCUGAGUUUCUUUGUGACUAUCACUUUACCUUUUGUGAUGUUAUUCCUCCAAGUUGCAUUCAGAUGAGAAAUAUAAUUCUAAGUGCAUUUCCGCGUAGUAUGAGGCUGCCAGAUCCAUCUACUCCUAAUUUGAAGAUUGAUUUGCUUCAAGAAAUAACCCAAUCACCCCGCAUUCUUUCUGAGGUUGAUGCAGCUCUUAAGGCAAAGCAGAUGAAGGCUGAUGUAGACGAAUACCUUAAGACAAGGCAACAAAGUUCUCCAUUUUUAUCUGAAUUGAAAGAGAAGCUGCUUCUCUCACCCAAUGAAGCUGCCUCUGCUGGGACUCGGUACAAUGUUCCAUUAAUCAACUCACUCGUGCUAUAUGUUGGAAUGCAGGCAAUCCAGCAGCUUCAGGGAACUCCCCAUACACAAGCAUCAGCAAAUGCUUUCCCAUUAGCCGUAUUUUCUGUUGGUGCUGCAUUGGAUAUUUUCCAGACACUAAUUGUGGACUUGGACACUGAAGGACGCUACCUUUUCCUAAAUGCUAUUGCUAACCAACUGCGUUAUCCUAACACUAAUACACACUACUUUUCCUUCAUCCUUCUCUACUUGUUUGCAGAAUCAAACCAGGAAGUUAUCCAAGAACAAAUUACUAGGGUCUUGUUAGAACGCCUAAUUGUUAACCGUCCUCAUCCCUGGGGCCUCCUCAUUACCUUUAUUGAGCUGAUCAAGAAUCCUAGGUAUAAUUUCUGGAACCGGACUUUCAUAAGAUGUGCGCCGGAGAUUGAAAAACUUUUUGAAUCAGUGUCAAGAUCUUGUGGAGGUCCAAAACCAGUUGAUGAUAGUAUGGUCUCGGCUUGGGUCUGACUGUAGUGUCCAUAGUAUUUUCUGCUUUGUUAUUUCUGUGUAGGCUAGCUAACCAUGUUAAUUGUUUACACUGUUGUUAACCGAACAUUGUUGUGUCUACAUUGUAAAUGAUGUAUUUGUUGUGAAUUAUAUUGUAGCUGGAGUCUUAAUUCCAGAUGAUACGUAGUUGUAGAGCUUCAAUACGACAUCAUCAUAUAAAUGGAGAAAAGAAACUGAUUUCCUCUUC